AUGAAUUCUUCUACUGAAAGGCAUUGUACGUUCUCCUCCUGGAAAGUUAAUGAUGGGCUGCUGAAAGACUUUGGGCCAAUAGUAUGUUACGGUCUCCUCCCGGAAUCCUUGAGAUGGGUGGCUGAACGACUUUGGGCCAAUAGUCUGGGGACGGUGAGUUCAAAAUCUACAUAUGCUUUCAUGAAUUCUUCUCCUAAAAGGCUUCGUACAUUUUCGUCCUGCAAAGGUGAGUUCCACUCCUGCCGCCGGGAAAACAAACAGUUGAAUGACUUUGGCAUUCAACUUAAAGAUGAUGACUUCUCUUCCUACAUUAGGCAUGGUACGUUUUCGUCCUGCAAAGUUAAUGAUGGGUUCCUGAAAGACUUUCGGGAAAUAUUCAGGGGAUGUUUCCGUCAUCCUUAUUUAAGAAGCCAACCUCCUUCAUCUUCCUCUGCAGGGACCAGUAGACCGUCCUCUUUGCUUACCACUGGCUUGCUUAUCUUGGCUAUGCAAUGGACAGACGGAGGAGCCUUCCCCACAGUACCACUCUCCAGUCUGUUUACCAAUGCUGUGUUAAGAGCACAGCACCUCCAUCAGCUCGCAACAAAUAUCUACAAAGAAUUUGAGCGUUCCUAUAUCCCAGAAGAGCAGCGAUACUCCAUGAAGAAUUCUCAGACUGUAUAUUGUUAUUCUGACACUAUCCCUUCACCCACGAGGAAAGAGGAAACUCAACAAAAAACAGACAUGGAACUACUGAGGUUUUCACGGAUUCUCAUUCAGUCCUGGCUAAAUCCUGUACGGUUUCUAAGCAGGAUGUUUACAAACAGUCUUGUAAUUGGGGCCUCAGACAGAGUCUACGAAAAACUCCAAGACCUGGAACAAGGUAUCCAAGUUCUUAUGAGGGAGGUGCAGGAUGGUACUUCCCAGAGUCUUCAGCUGGUUAGACCCACCUAUGAAAAAUUUGAAUUAAAUCUCCGGAGUGAAGUCGCUUUGCUGAAAAACUACAAUCUCUUGUCCUGCUUCAAGAAAGACCUGCACAAAGUGGAGACCUUCCUGCGAGUGAUGAAAUGCCGUCGUUUUAGAGAAAUCAGCUGUGUCCCCUAA